AUGACUACCUUCACUGAUACAGGAUGGCCCGGGUCUGAGCCUGUCAGAAAAACUACCCAAACCAAGAAAAGAGCUCGACAAACAGGCACGGCAUGGACUCGAUCUGGUUGCCUAACCUGUAAAAGGCGCCGCAAAGCCUGCGAUAAGGCCAAGCCGAGCUGUCGUAAUUGCACCAAGCAAGGUCGAACCUGUGAGGGAUACGGUUCUCUAUGGGUUGAACCUCUUGGCCCGUCGGCUCAUAUCUUCACACCCGCCGAGUUGUCAAAGCGGCGGUCAGGCCUCUCCCCUCACACCGGUUUACUAUCUCCAUCGCUAUCACCGCAUCCAGAUAACAAAAUUCCCCCCCGCGUUCAGACCCCCAAGAGCGAUGCCCCUGAAGAAGAUUCGAAUGAAGAAAUCUCAUUAGCAGUGAUUCAGCGCCCUCGAAACUACGUCCCCCACUUAUCAGAUCAUGAAUUACACUAUCUGCAAUACCAUGUGGAAGAGGGCUCCAAGCUCCUCGCCAACCUUGAAAGCGACGACAAUCCACUUCGAUCGUUGCUCAUACCUCGAGCGAUGUCCUCGCCACUCUUAAUGAAAGCUAUAUGCGCGGUAUCAGCUCUUCAUCUUGCGAAUCGGUCCCAAACUUUCAGCGCCCUGACCGCAUCGGCAAACUUCUAUGGCCGAACCCUUGCCGGGCUCCGCGCGGCACUUAAUGACAGCACACAAGGGAGCUUAACUGAUGAUGCUAUGCUUGCAGUUGGGCUGAUGUGCAAAUACGAAAUUGUACGUGGUAGCGUCAAGCAAUGGGGAGUGCACCUAAGUGCUCUGCAGCGCAUGAUAGCUUCGCGCGGCGGGCUGCGCACUAUGGACCCAGAUGCAGGCCAAUUCCUUCGGGGCCUUUACCUCUAUGCAUACAAUAUGGCUCGGCUCAGUAACCGCAAGCGCAUCACGGCUGCAGAGCCGAACCCCACGGAUACCGAUCUUGGUGCUCCCCGACUGGACAUCUACAUCGGAUAUACAGAAGAGAUUCUGAAACUAUGCGGCGCCAUCGCAGAUCUACCCUCUUUAAAAGGCGACGAUAUUGCUCUUCGGCUGGCAAUAGCAUCUAUCAAUGGCGCUCUCCUCGCGUGGUCUCACGACUCAACGUCUUACAUUAUCCCACAGAGUUUGACGCCCGCAUCACUAACCCGCCUCCAGCUUGUCGCCGAAUGCUUCCGUGACGCAGCAUUCAUCUACCUACAUUCUGUCCUGGAAUGGUUAGCAAUCAAGGUUCUAGGUCAGGCCUCAAGCCUACAGAUGACUGACUGGAGCUCCUUGGUCUCAAUCCCUAAAUCAAUGGCCGUGCAACGCUGUCUUGCACGGGUUGAGACAUUCCCUCUCGACGACCACUGCGAGUACUCGGCACUUACAUUCCCUCUCUUCAUCUCUGGUUGCGAGAACGAGACAAUUGGACACCGAGACCUUGUGCUGCGGUGCCUGGGGAAGCUUCAGGUUAAUUUUGGAAUCGGAAAUGUUCGGCGUGCGAAGGAGUUACUGGGUAUUCUAUGGGCGAGGCAAGAUGCCUCGGCCCAGCAUGAAGUCGGCUCCCCGGUUCAUUGGUUGGAUAUUCUAGAUGAGCUGCAGUGGGACUUGAUCCUUGCGUGA